AUGGCGCCCCCUCGCCCCAGCCCUCGCGAUCCUUUUGAAAAUGAUCAUGACGAUUCUCAAUCUACCGACGGCAGGAAGAACGGACAUGCAUCUCGCUUCGACUGGGGUGACGAUGAUGAUCAUCGAGAGCGUUCUAAUGUUGACAUCAAUAACAAGAUGUCGCAUAAGCUCAACCACCUGGAUACGCUGACAGGAUCACACUACACGCCAAUUGACUCCUUUGUCAACGCCACUCACCGUCUCCACAUCACCAAGACAAACCGGAAGCACCCAAGCAACCACAAAUUGUGGAAGGAUGCCGUGUCGACUGACAAACUCGAUUACAACUGGGGCAUAUGGCUUGUGCUGCGGGCCAUCUACUUCGAUACUGUCGAUUCACAGGAUAAGCGACAGUCAUUCAGGAAUGGGGUUGCGGCGACCAAGAUUGCAGAGCGGUACCAGGGGACUGAUAUCUUCAAUGAUACUUCGCCCACUACUUGGGCACCUCGACCCGAGAAAUGGCCUGGUGUUACUGGCCAUGGUACUGCGACCCCUGAACCACAGCAACCUCAAGCACCAAUCCCCCAGUCGUCUCAUACCACCACUCCCCAGUCGUCCCGUAUCACCACUCCCCAGUCGUCCCACGUUGCCACUCCCCAGUCGUCAUCGCGUACCACGUUCCACGAUCGUCCUCUCAAUCGGUUCACUCCGGUCAACCGGCAAACUCGUAUUACCAACACCACUCAACAAACCCAGUCAGGUGGUUCACCUGCUGAGACUGACCCAUUCGCCCCUGAUCAAGCAGACCAGCCAGUUGGUACAUCUCCUACCCCCAACCUUUCUACCUCACGGCCUAUGGGGGAUGGUUCUACCAAUGUUGAGAAAGGGUAG